AUGCCUCCUCGCGCUCCCUCCCCUGCUGCCCAAGAAGCGACUGGCAGGCUACGCGCUGAGGCGCGUGCACGCCAGCGGGCUGGCGCUGGACCGCUUACAGAUAUCGUUGACCCCAAGGCUCUUAAGACGGAGCUCGCUCGAUUCUACGUUCAACAACAGGGCCAACAAGAGGCUCCACCGGGUCGCAUAGCUCUCAAUCGUGCCAAGCGCUCGCUGGAAACCAUAUCGGCGCUUGCGAAAGGGUCGGACCGAAUCUCCAAGUCCAUCACGCGCACUCUGUGGGCGCUGUUGCUCGUUGAGAUGAAAUUUGCCAGGAAGCACAAUGCCGCCGCAUCCGUGCAGCCGAUGCAACGUUUUCUUGAGUCUGCUACGAGCGAAGCGCGGCGAGAUAAUAGCUGGGACAUUGGGAAGGUUCGCAGCUUGUUGGCGAGAGGUUGGCCGGAGGAUCAGAGCGUUAGCAAGCUGAAGACAAGCGAGCUUGGUCCCUUGCAUUGGUGGCUCGCGGCCCGCGAGCUCAAAGACAAGGAGCCCGUGCGCCGCCAGACCAUCUACGACGCGGCGUACCGCCAAAUCGCCGCUCACACCCAUUCCGCUUCGACGCCAUCGCGCUCCUCAGGCAGCCGCCCUCCGCGCGAAGCUGCCGGCGCCACAAACGCUGCUCUUCGAGGCGCGAUCAUCCUCGACGACGACGGCGGCGGCAACUAUGCUCCCGAUCGCCCUGGCUCUCCUGAUAACCCUGGCGAUCCAGGAUCGCCGAAUGAAGGCAGGGAGGCUACACCUUGGCGAUUCGGGGCCAAUGCGCCAGCGCAGUUCACCGUGGGCGCGCCGACUACGGUACCCCCUAUACCCCCACCCGCUCCGCCUCCUCCUGGCGCGUCGAGGCGCGCUGCCCCAUCUCCUUGGCUCCCGCCCAGCGGUUUUACCUGCGAUCUCAAAUGGAACAUCGCCGACUACAACGCGCAUAAGGCUCUACUGUUGAACUGGCCUCGGGGCCUGCAAGCACCAGACAGCGCGGUCUGGGAGCAUCCUCAUAUGCACGGCUUGAAAGUCCUCGCCGAUGGGCUUCCUCUAACAAACAAGAAACCCUGUCUUAACUGCAGCAAGCGAUUCUACAUCUGCAUACCGCGCGGAUCGAAAGCGUGUCUGCCAUGCUACUGGGAGAAGGGUAGUCAGGGCAAGUGCGAAGGCUACGUCCCACCCGACGGCCCCGUGGAAAAACCGGAUUACAAACUUCGCAAGAAGUUCCUGCAGGAGCUCGACGAGGCCGGCGUGUAUCCUUUCCCGCACCAUUAUGUAUAUGAGGAUGGCAAGGCUCACCAUGGCGCGGGGUCAGGCGGCAUCGGAAAGCCGCCUGGAUAUCCCUCUCCCGCACCGAAGUAUAGUCCUCGCCGGGGCGGGGAAACAAGUGAGGCUCCCGCUGACGCUUCCUCGACUGCUGCCGGUGCGGGCGCGUCGGAUUCUGUCGCCGCCGGCGCUUCAGCGACUUCUCCCACUGGCGGCGCUUCUUCGACUUCUGCCCCGCAGCCGUCCAAUGCGAACCGCGCUCCUGCGGCAAAUGACACCGCGGUUCUGGCGGACGCGCCAAUGGACGUCGAUACAGACAUCUCCGCUCCGCCGCCUACAGACCCCGCUCCUCGAACGAGCCGCCCCUCGGGCGUCGACGUCUCAGCGGCUGAGGCGCGCGCUGGAGCCUCCAUGGCCGCGUCCUUCAGCCAGCCUCGAGCGCCUGCGCAGUCCAUGGCCAGCGUCGCAGAGAUCCCCGCCGGCUCUCCUGAGGGGCACAACCACGAGGACGCGACGAUGGUCGACGUCAGCAACGUGCCCACUGGCGCGCGAAAACGCCGAAGGCAAUCCCCUGCGGGGGAAAAUAUGCAACCCGCCACGCCGGACGGUCCCGUAGCGGAUGCUGUCGCGCCGCACCGCAAGCGCCAGCGUCGUGAAGGCGCAUCUGAAGCUGGCAAGCCCCCUGCUAGCGGAAGAAGACAAGCGCACGCGGACAACGCUCCUCCCGCGUCUGCCUCGACGCCCUCCCCCGACGACCGCCAUGGCGCAGCGGAGGCUUCGGCGCGCUCGUCGUCUCGCUCGCAGUCCUCUACUGCACCUCCGUCGGAGCUGUCACCAUCGGCCGCAUCGCCUUCGCGCUCAUCCACCGCCACACCGAUGGCGACUCCAGCCCCUGGAGCAACCGCCAGGCACGAAGGCGUUGCGCCCGCGGCCGCCGUCAUCGAUAAGGGUAAAGGCAGGGCGCGUGCCCGCCCCAGGCCAACUGGUGAACAGCAGCGUCAAAGCGCAGCUGCAGCGAACCGCGGGAUCGAGUUUCACAGCCCUGUACCUGGCACUCGCCCGGCGAAGCGAUACGGUUCCCCUAGGUUUGCCGCUCGGCCUUGGCCCGUGGUCCCCGACGCCGACAUGCAAAUACAGGGCGACGUCGCUCCCCUGCCGUCAAACGGCGUGAGUCGCAUUAACCAUCCGCAGGGCGGUCCGCCUCCCAUGUCCACUUUGAACCUCUCUGGCGACAUCUUCCUCGCCAACCACGUCGAGCGGGCAUUAUGCCACGAGAUGCGCGAUGUUAGCAAUCACCAUCGGGACUGGAUCCUCGGAAGGUACGAGCCUGAGCAUGUCGCCCCUCGCCAUCGCGAGAUCAUGCAAACCCUGCGCGAGCUGAAAGACACGGUGGUCGCGCAGCGUUCCAUGUCGCAUACGGGCGACGGGGAAAGGCAUAACCAGCUCGCCGACGGGACGACCUUAUCGCUUGGCACUCUCUCGGCACCUGCUGGUGUACGGCGUGACGCUCAGCCCAUGGGCUCAUUCGGCUCGGCCACCACCUCCAGCGCCUUUGCGACUCAACCGCCGUCGGAGCCGUCGUCGGCUCUAUCCGAAGCCGGGCUCAAGGCGAUACUAGCAAACUCGCUGGCCCCCUUCCACGACAUGGCAGGCAAUGUUCAGGAUCUCACUCGGCGAUUCGCAGAGCUUGAACCGAUCACCGGUCGCGUCAACGACAUGUCCGCGCGCUUUGAUAGCAUGUCUGACCGAGUCGAUGUCUUCGGGACUGAUCUGCGGUCGCUGGUUGCGCGCGUGAAGCGCCUCGAGGAUGUUGGGCCGCUGGCGCAGAACCUUCGAGCGUUCGCUGAGCAGCAAGAUAGGCUGGGCGAGGCGCCCAGCCCAAUUCUGGUUCUGCGCGACGGCAGCACGUCGGUCGUCCCGCGGCUUGCCCAAGAGGCGCCUGGCGUCUCGUCAUCGUCGAAUCCGCCCGCCCAGAGUCAGGUAGACAUCCGCCCGCCCGCUCGGCCGGUCUCUUCUGCAGCGGCAUCCCGAGCAUCCUCUAAGCCGCGUCGCUCGGCAAGCCAGCUUCCUCCGCCGCACGGAGUCAGCGCGGAUCCUCUUCCUGCCGCCGUCGCUCCGAUUGAAGUCGCCGCCGCCGUUGAUCAAGGUAUUGCUCUCCAGGCGACGGCAGACGAGGCGACGGCAGACGAGGCGAUGGCAGACAAGACGCCCAGCCCUGCAAAUGGCGCAGAGCGGCCCCCUGAGAUGCCGACGCCGCUACCGCCGUCCCUCUCCGUUGCUGUUGACCCAGCGGCGGUCCAACGGCCUAGGACGCCAGAAUCUGAAUCGCCGCUUACCACGAACCCGUCCCCCGGCAAUUUGUCCGUCGCGCCGUCUCAUCAAGAUGCAGGCGCCGGCUCCUCUAGAGCGCAGAGCAUAGCACCGCACCCCAGUCGCGACGGCACGCUCGUGGGGGAGGAAGGGCACUCGAGCGAUGACGACGACGUUCCAAUGGAAACUGGGGACGAUUGGGCGGCGGGCUCGCGUCAGCGUCAGGCGGGCGACCAGGGAAUACCUGAUUCUCGACCGGAGCCCAACAAGCAGGCUGGCAAUAUCAUCUCGGAGGACGAGGAUGCCGACGGCAGCUCCGUCGACGACGAAUCUGCCCCUGCCCCCGCAAUGGCAUCCCCUCAGAAGGGCCGCGGCGGUCGAGGUCGCGGGGCCGGCGCGCCAGCGAAGGUCCCACAACCGAGCGACGCCGCAGGUGGUCGUCGUCUCCGCGCGCGCCAAGGUCGAUCUGCCUGA